ACUAAGAAAGUCUUGCGCGAGCGCCGCGGCUCCUCAGCGACAAGGACGGAAAAGCCCAGCGCCGGUCGUCUGUUUAACUUCUCCAAAACAAAGUUUUCUUUGAGAGAACAGGGCAGCUCGGCGUAGCUCCAAGCACAGCAGGCUGACUCUGGGAAGGAUUAUUAUGUGUCUUAAAGGCGCUGCGCCUUCACGCUGAGCUUCUUCAGCUGCUUUAGCAUCCAGGGACAUGAAACUCAAUCCACAGCAGGCUCCAUUGUAUGGUCACUGCGUUGUCACGGUGCAGCUCGCCGACGAAGAGCUGCCUGCAGAUGAUGAAGAGGAUGUGGAUUAUUUCCUGCUGUUUGCUGGCAGCACACAGAGGCACCUGACCUCCACCCUAAAGAGCAGUCAUGACACCUUGCAGGCGAUGUGUCCCGCUCAUAACUGCUGCGAGGUGGUGUCGGUCACGUUGUGCUCAGCCACCCGGGACAUUUGCGGGGGCUCGGGGGACCUGCAGGGCCGCCCCGUUCGUGUUGCUCCAUUGGCGGAGAAUCGAUUCGGCUUUGUCCAGGAUUUGGCUUUUGACAUGGCCCAGUUCCUGGUGAGCACAGCAGGCAGAGCGGAUGGUCUGGAUGGAGUUCUGCUGCUGGAUGAGUGUCAGAUUCCCCUGGAGGAGUGCGAGCGUUUGGAUGAGAGCUUGGCGCUGGCCCUUCAUCACCUUGUACUCCCUCCAGGUUGGAGCUUACUGGGAAGCAAGCGGACCAACAGCAGCGACUUGACUCCUCAGGAGACCUUGCUGCAUUUCUCGGCGCGGCGAGGCCUCGUCCGGGUGAUGCGGUACUUGCUGCAGCAGCCUGGAGCCAGAGAAGCCCUCCGCCUGCCCAACAAAGAAGGCCUCACUCCCUCUGAUAUUGCGGCGUCUCGAGGCCACGAAAGCCUCGUUGAGCUUCUGGCAAAGCCUGAGGCGCUCACCGGGACGGACCGGGAGGCUGAGGCCGUCCAGCUGCUAUCCGCAGACGCUCGGGUGGUUUGCCACCUCCCUGCGCUGAACACGCACACUCUGACGGUGAACUCCACCUGCGCUGCCCCCACCCUGCAGACCAGCACGGAGCAGCUGCUUCACCUCAUAUCCCAUCUCCAUGCGGAGGGACUGUGUGUACUGGAGCUCCGUUUGGGCUCUCUGCACACGGCUGCAGAAUGUUGUGAGGGCGUGGAAGCAGCCUGUCAGGAACGUCUGCGGCCGCCCGCCUCGGCUUUAGAGGGCCCGAAGGCCGAGGAGAGCGGGGGAGCGGACUGCACAGCCGACAGCAGCGGCACUGUACCCGGGAAUGCAGGGACAGACUGUAGUGUGCCUCCGGCUUCAGACGAUCUCGACCCCCAGGAGGACAGGGCGGGUCUCAGUUUGAACUCUGAGGGAGAGCCUUGCCAAACAGAGGAGGAGGAGGUGGAGGACAGGGAGCAGCCUGCGGUCUCCAGCCAGAGCUUGGGUGACGACAGCAAAGGAACAGUGGGUGAGGCUGAAAAGGAAAGAGGCUCUGCUGGAAUCCCAGCACCAGCGGCAGCAGUGGGCUGUGGUAAACAGGCAGAGGAAGCUGAUACAGGGGAGGCUGAGAGUCGGCAAGAUCUGGGAAAAGAGCAGGAAGCUGACGAAGGAGCAGAGAGGAACUCCACUGACCUAACUGAGACCAGUGGGGAAGAAAAGUCUCCAAUCAUGGGGUUGUCACAUUCGUCAGAGGACUCUGAGGUUCCAGACACGCCUGACUCUGAGAUGACAGAAAGACAAGAUGUUGACAAAAAAGAAACAGAACUCCUCCCAGAUGUUUGUGACACACGCCCACCAGAGGAGGAGGCGAAGAACACAGAAUCAGUCCCAAGUGGCCUCCCUAACGCGACACUCGCAGACUGUGGUGACGUAAUCGAGGAUUCUGAAUCUGCUCCUCCUCGUGUCUUGAUAGAAGGCCUCCACGAGGGGGAACCUCCACCAGACAUAAACAGCCAAGAACAAAAGCAGGAAACAGCUGGCAGGGAUUACUCAGCGCAGCAGGAGUGGCCUCUGGCUUCAGAACCUGAUUGUCAUUCUGGGAAUUGUUCUGGAACACAGAGCAGCAGAAAGCUGGACGAGGAUUUACUCCUCCAGCUCCUCAUCACCCAAAGUCCUCCUUUGGGGGAACCUGAAAGCGUAGAUUUACGGACUUCCAGGGACUUCCCACAGGAAACUCAGAGCGAUCCGUGUGAUCUAUCCACAGAAGAAAUGCCGUCUAAAAGACAGACGGGACAGGACCACGGCCUCUCCAGCGACGACGAAGACAGUUUUAGGUCGUUUGGAAGCUCCUCAACCGAACUGUUUCAUCCCAGUCAGGACGGCGUCUCUGUGGAGGACGGUGGCGUUCCUUUAAGCACGGAAGAGCUCGAAGAAGGCAAGUCCGAGGACUCGAAUGAUCUGCAACCCAACAAAAGCGGUGAACAUCUGGAUGUCUGUGCAGAGGCAGCUGCAGACGGCAGUCAGGAUGGCGUGGAGACUGCACCGCAGCUGUCAGACAGCCUUCAGACUUCAGAGGAUUUGGGUCCUAAGAGCGCAGAGGAGCUGGACCCAGAAGCUCUCCAAAAGGAUCCAAGUUCAGAUCUAGUGUGCGAGGAAGGCCCAGGAGCCCCGGGCGACUUGAAUGUAGAGGAAUCAGAGGAGAUUCUGUCUGAACAAAAUCCAUGCGUUAGUGAAGGGACGAAAGACACAACUGCCACUGAGGGAGAUGAUCAACAGACGGGUGAGGAACCUGUGGUCCCCCCACUAGUGGAGUCGGCCUCAGAGCGCCCCGACCUGAUCGAGACGGAGGCGACCGCAGAUGUGGAGCCUCCUGAGGAUCCGGCGCAGGGUGCAGAGGAACCCUCUUGUGCCGUCGAUCAUUUGGAAGUGGAGCCGCCAGCUCUCACCUGUGAGGCGCCAACAGAACCUCAGACCCAGAACCAGACGUCUGAUAACAGGAGCGUGACAGGAGGACCAGAGAGCUGCAGCAGUGCGACCCACGACAAUGGUGAGUCUGGAAGGGCUGGAAGCGCGGCGGGAGAGGAGGAAAACGCCGCAGAGGAAGCAGACGUCUCAGAGAUUCACCGAGACAGAGAGGCGUCAUUCCAGCAGCCCUGGACCACUCAACACUCAGGAUGCUCACCGGCUUCAGUGUUUCCCUGUUUGACCAGUAGAGCCAGCAGCUCCACCAGCUGUCCGUCCUCUGCUCACAGAGACUCCGGCAGUGACAUAGAAAGCCUGCUGAACGCAGAGCCUGGAUACGACAGCCUCUUCAGAAAGAAUGAUGAAGCAGUGACAGUUGGAGACAGUGCCAGCGAGGUCUCCGUCUCUUGCUCCUCCACGGACGACACCACCAGCGUCGGCCCGUCCAGCUCCAGUCCGGAGGGCAGCCAGGGCCUGAGCUGCAGCUGGAGCCCAGAAGAGGCCGCCCAGACAGGGGCUUCCACCGCCGCAGGCUUUGAGUGUUGUGGAAAUAUCGGAGGAGCCGGAGACCCCGAAGAGGAGGCGAAAGACCGGGUGACGGAGGUCCCGCGGCGCUCCUCUCUGUUGAGAAACAGCAUCCGAUCACUGUCACCUCUUCGCCGCCACAGCUGGGGUCCAGGAAAGAACAACGGAGGAGAAGCGGAGAUGAACCAGAGGAGUUCCAUUCGUUGCCAUGGUGAGAGGAGGCCGGCCUUUCACAGGAGAAGCUACAGCCUCGAGGGACUCAGCGGAGGCCGCGACGAGCUGAGGGGCUCCUCCACCCGGGGCCCCCAAAUGGUGGAGCCCUCCAGGCUGCCCAGGCAGGACAGCGAAGACAAGGGCUCGCUGGUUUCUCUGACGGAGGAGCAGGAGGAGCAGGAGGAUGUCGGAGGAGUGCAUGACCUGAAAUCAAGGCGUUAUCUUCCUCUGCGAAGCAGCUGCCAUCCAGGGACUCUGCCCCUCACCAAGUCUGUGUCCAUGUUGGCCAUCAGCCACAAAGACAUCGACAGCAUGAGGUCCAUUUCCAGCACUUCUGGGUCACUAGCGUACAGUAUAUCAGAGGAGGAGCCCGGCCCUUUGAGGAGCGACAACGAGGGAAAGAGUGUGACCAAAGUGGGCCGGACCUUCAGCUACCUCAAGAGUAAGAUGUACAAGAAAACCAGGGAAAAAGAUCGAGAUAAAAAAGAGAAAGAGAGCAAGGAGAAGGAAAAGAAGACGUUGAACGGUCAUCAUUUCACUCCCUCCAGCCAGGCGGCACAAUGCUUCCAGUGCAACAAGGCUGUCAACAGCAAGGAUGCUUUCUUUUGUUCUUACUGCAAUGCUUCCGUCCACAAGGGCUGCAGGGACAGCCUGCCAGCCUGUGCCAAGGUGAAGAUGAAGCUGCCCAAACAGCAGUUUACGGUUCCAGACUCAAGCACUUUGCCUGCAGUUACAAUGAGGAACAAAACUGGAGGGACACGGGAGCGCCCCUGGUCCGCCAUCCUUUCCCCUGAGGAGACGUCCUCCCUGAUGAUCCCACAGGCGAGGAGGCACACCAGCAUCAUGACGUUCCAGGGAAACAACCUCUCCAAGAGUCUCUCCAUUAGCAACAUUGCUGGCCCGGUGUUUGACGAGAUGCCCAUCAAAACUCUGCGGUAUCUCUCUCAGUCCACCGACUCGCUCAACAGAACCAACCAGGUGACGGAGUCCAUGGAGUCCCUCACAGAUGAAGGAACCGAGAUGAUGGAUGGGCAGCUGAUGGGGGAGUUUGACGCUGAGGCCAAAGAGCUGGAGGCAGACUCCUGGAGUUUGGGGGUGGAGCAGCAGUACCUGCAGCAGCUGGAUAAGGAGCUGGUCAAGAGACAGGAUGUCAUCUAUGAACUGAUGCAAACGGAGAUGCACCACAUACGAACUCUUCGCAUCAUGUCGGAAGUGUACAGCAAAGGACUGCAGAAGGAGGUGCAGCUGGAGCCGCAGACGCUGGAGAAGCUCUUUCCAGUCCUAGACGAGCUUCUGGAGCUCCACACGCAGCACCUCCUUCGCCUCGUAGAGCGCAAAAAGGAAAACCAACUGAAUGGGGGCAGUUUGGAGGGCAGCUUUAUCAUCAACAGGAUAGGAGACAUCCUGAUCAAUCAGUUCUCAGGAUCAAACGGUGAAAGUAUGAAGAAGGUUUAUGGGAAAUUUUGCAGUCGCCACAAUGAAGCUGUAAGCCUCUACAAAGACCUCCUGACCAAAGACAGACGCUUCAAAGCCUUUAUCAAAAAAAAGAUGAGCAGCAGUAUUGUGCGGCGGCUCGGGAUCCCAGAAUGCAUCUUGCUGGUGACCCAGAGGAUAACAAAGUACCCUGUGCUGAUUCAGAGGAUGCUGCAGCACACCAAAGAGAGCGACGAAGACUUCGAAGACCUGAACGAGUCCAUCCGGCUGGUGAAGGAGGUGAUCGCGGCGGUGGACAACAAGGUGAACGAGCACGAGAAGAGGCAGCGUCUGAAGGAGUUUCACAGCCGCAUGGACAGCAAGUCCAUCAUGACCAUGAAGAACAAGCAGAUGUUUGCCAGGGAGGACCUGCUGAGGAGAAGGCUGAUCCAUGACGGAGCGCUGCAGCUCAAGAACGCGCAGGGAAGGCUAAAGGACGUCCACGCUCUGCUGCUGUCAGACGUCUUGGUCUUCCUCCAAGAGAAAGAUCAGAAAUACGUCUUUGCCAUGCUGGACCAGCGCUCCACCGUCCUCUCCCUCCAAAAGCUGAUCGUCCGUGAGGUCGCCAACAAGGAGCGCGGCCUCUUCCUCAUCACGGCGGGCACCGACAAGCCCGAGAUGAUGGAGGUCCUGGCCAGCUCCAAGGAGGAACGCAACACUUGGAUGCAGCUCAUCCAGGGAAGCAUGCAGUCCAUGGAUAAGGACGAGGAUGAAGGGAUUCCCAGUGAGACAGAAGACGACAAGAGACAACUGGAGAGCAAAGCCAGAGAGAUGAGGGAAAUGUUGAAGCAGAAGGACACGGAGAUCAUGUCUCUGCUGGAGGAGAAAGUGCGGCUCUUCAGGGGGAUGUGGGAAGGCUUGAACCCGAGCGAAGAGGCCUCGCGGCAGGUCGAGCCUUUCUUCAGGUCAGCCUGCAGCCAGGAGCCGCCCCGGGGGGCUUCCAUCAUGAAAGAUGCUCUGCAGGAAGUGGAGACGUUACAGGCGCUGGUGAACGGCAGCCUCGGGGGGGCGAUGGCCAGCGUCCACGAGGGAGGAGGCGCCGGGCCGGUGUGUCUGCCUCGCCGCGCCGAGACCUUCGGAGGCUUCGACAGUCACCAGAUGCACAUCAGCAAAAGUGGCGACCGAGACGAGAGUGAAGACGUGACGGGAGAUCUGCGCAGGACGGAGUCUGACAGCGUUCUGAAGAAGGGAGGGAACGCCAACCUGCUGCAGCUGCUCAAAAGGAACAGUGAGCAGCUCCUCCACAGCGUCUCCAACCUGCACCUCCUGCUCAGCAGUCUGCAGGCCGUGGUGGUCCAGCAGGACAGUUACAUCGAGGAGCAGCGGCAGGCCCUGAGCGAGCGCUCCUCCUCCUCCUCCUCCUGCUCCGCCCUGUCCCGGCAGUCCUCGCGGCCCAGCUCGCUGGUGGAGCAGGAGAAGCAGCGCAGCCUGGAGAAGCAGCGCCAGGAGCUGGCCUCCCUGCAGAGACAACAGGCGGCUCACGCUGAGGAGAAGAGGAGGAAGGAGAGGGAGUGGGAGGUCCGGGAGCAGCAGCUUUCUGAGAAGGAGCUGCUGGUGCACUUACAGCAGGAGGAGGAGGUGGAGAAGCAACACAAGGCGCUGGAGGCCGAAAAGCAGGAGCUGCAGAUCCGGAAGGAGGAGUACCAGAAAGACCUGGAGCGGCUGAGAGACGCGCAGAGGAAGCUGGAGAGGGACAAGGAGGCUGUGCGGCGGCAGCUGGACAAGAUGGAGGAGCUGCGACUGUCUGAGAGGACGCCCUCUACGACGUCCGACGAGUUCCUGUUCCCCGGCAGCUCCCAGUCUCUGGAGCUGGACCCGCUGGAGCUCUCCCCGUGCUCCUCCUCCUCCCUGCCGAGGAUGCUGCCGCCGAGGUCGAAGCCCAAAGCGAAAGGCCUCAACCCCUUCACCUCCUCCGGCCUGAAGAGCAGCGACGCCAACAACCAGAUCUCCAAGAGCUUCCUGCAGCUGACCAAGAGCAAGAGCAAAGACGGGAAGAAGAAGAAAAAGAGCAAAGGAGGCGGGGCCGCCGCUGCAGACUCUCAGCAUGUCUCAGAGCCCCCUAUGGACGGAGAGAUCUUCUUCUGCUGAGGCACACCCCCACCUGUGCAGUGCAGCAUGUUUAAAAGCUUUUAUCUGUAAAGUAGAAAACCUGACAUUUCCUGCAUUUGUUUGGACGUUUAGAUCCUUCCACGCAGCUCCGGACGUCAGAAAUUCCCUAAAGAAGUGCUCCGGAUCACUUUCAGGUGAUCUGCCUCUCAAUUUUGACCAAGUAUUUGGACAGCGCGAGCCCCCCACCCCCACCCCACCCAGCAGCGUUGUUAUUUUUAUCCUGUCGUGGACGGAGGGUCGAUCCACACAGAUCUGAGUUUCAGCUGACUCCACAAGGCAUGGGACGGUAGGCGAUAACUAGAAAACGGAAACCACCGGAAGGGUUCUGCGUUUCCGCGGCAACAUUUGUUCACCAGAAUAGCCCAUUUUUAGUGUCUCUGCUUCCACCGCAGCCAAGUGUGGGUUCAGCUCUGCAGACAUGCUUCCUUCACCCAACUAAAAACUCCUCCUCUGCGUGUCGGAUGACCAAGACUGUCCGGUUAUUUCAUGUUACUUUGGCACUUUUGGUGCUGAAACUUUAGUUUGUCCUUUUCUAGCUGUGUUUUUAAUCCGGACUAACGAGUCGAUGCGGAGCUGACUCUGCGAUGUCGCAGCCGCCUGCUGGCCGGGUGGUUUUUUCUGCAGCGUCUCUCAUCUCUGUACGCUCGUUUUUUUUUUCUUUUGUUUUUUUUUUUCUUCAGGACACCACAUCCGGCCCGGUCUGCUAUGAAGCGCGCGAGUCCAGGAAGCUGCUUCCGCGCCUUUUUAUUUCAAGGUUUUGGUGGGAUCCCUUUAAAGACAGUCAGAGAAAUGAGCUUCUCAUUGUUGCUUUUGGUGUAUUUUAUCCACCAGGGAGCGCUGCACCUAAGUUGUCUUUCGCCGGCGUCCAUAGAUUAUAUGACGAGCGUGGGCUGUCACGCAUUCUGACAGUUUCCUCAAGGCGUUCAUAAUUGACUGAAGAGACAAAUAAGUUGUCAGAUUGUAGUUUCUUACUCCGUGAACGCUUCAGCUUUAACAAAUGGGAAGGGAGGGGGGGAGGCGGCAGGGACAAUCAGGAAAAUGAAAGUGAUGAUCAGCCUGUAGCCUUAAACUUAUCGAUGAAUGCACUCGAAGUAGAAGCCAGCGUCUCCUCAGGAGGAAGAGGAGGGUCUGCUUCAUGCCGAAGGAAAUGUUUGUACUAGGCACCUGGUACACACCCAUUCUACACCAUGUACAAAGAAGGGCAAACCUGUAAAUAGGAAUAAUGUAUAAAACAAAUCCAAUGUAAAAAAAUAAAAUAAACCCAUUUGUCGUUUUAUUCCAGCAUUUUGUAAGAACGUUUUAUUUAUGUAUCCUGCUCGCCUGCAGGUGGCAACGAUGUAAAGCUCUAUUUCUCUCACAAUUAAAGAAGUAAGAAACAC